UGUUUUUAGCAGUAUUUUUGUUUUCGUUUGCUUAUCAUAAUGGAGUAGAUGGCGCACAUGUCCAAGAAAAGAACCUGAUUUAUGUUUGUAACCAUUUGUAACCUUAAAAAAGAUAUUCAAAAAACCGUUUAACGAUUAUUCGUAACUAAAAAUGGCUCACACAAUUUUAUUGGUACAACCUGGAUUGAAUCCUGCUACAAGAACAUACUCUGAUUAUGAGUCUGUUAAUGAAUGCAUGGAAGGUAUGUGCAAGGUGUAUGAAGAGCAUCUGAAGAAGCUGAUGCCAAAUACUUCAACAAUUACCUAUGAAAUAUCUCAGUUAUUUGAUUUCAUUGAACAAUUAUCAGAUGUGAGUUGCCUGGUUUAUCAGAAAUCUACCAACACUUAUGCACCUUUCAACAAGGAUUGGAUUAAGGAAAAGAUUUACAUUUUAUUGAGGCAAGCUGCUGGACAAGAGGAGCCUCUUCCAUUUAGCUAUGUCCUGUCGACGCAUUACCCCAAUCACAUUCUGUAUUGUAGUGGUAAGUUUAGAGGAUAGGUGAAGUAUGAAUCGGGGUCCCGGCGAUUCUGAAAAGAUGUUGAGGGGACCUCGGAAUGGUUGUUAGUGAUGAUUGGCUGUUAUUUUAUCCGUGGUCAAUACAAAAUUGGCUAAAGUCUUA